AUGGACCGUGGAAGUGCUGGCCGAUCCACGCUUCCGUCUCCCGACGAUGAGCGUUUAUUGCGGAAAAGAGUUUUGGAAGGGGAAGACGUAUCUAGAGCGGGUGAAAAAAGAAGAAGCGAGGAUUUGACCCCGAGGGAGCGAAGACCUAUCGCCAAUGCGAGUGCACUUCAGACAUCUCAUGUUUCUCCAUCGCAAUUGGUGAUGGUGGAAGGCGGUUUCAAUGCGAUGUUCUCGCAAAUCCAAAUCUUCAAAAAGAUUCUUUUUGAUAUGCUCGCUGGUGUCCAGAAUUUCGAGGCUCGAAUUUUGGCUGUUGAAAUGCAUUUCGGAAGCAUAGGAGCACCAGGUGCCCAGAGCGAUACAUCUUCAAUUGUCGCUGGUAGUGCGAAUACUUCUUUUGUCCAAGAAAAUUCGGACGAGUCGUUUGCGGGAAACGAAGCAUUGGCUGCAGGCGGAUUUGAUUGCAUGAUUUUGAACCAUGAAAACGUUGCGGCUCAGCAACCGUCAUAUACGUCAUCGUUGCCCUCCGUGGGGAUGCAACGCUGUGACGCAUCGUUUAGUCAUGGAGGUUUAUCUGCAGUGAAUCGACCGAGCACCGAAAUGGAGACAUCAAGAUUGGUAUCGCUGAGCGUGCAGUAUUUGAUCAUGCACGUGAAGAAUAUCCUGAAUGGACGAAUGUCUUCUGAUUUUGUUGUCAUCAGGAAAACGGAACCAUCGAACGUAAUGGAAUACAGCUAUUCGUGCGUGGCUUUCGACCUCACUAAGGCCUUUUACGAUCAUAUGCGGCACGCUGUUCUUGGUCUUGCUGGCGGAAACAUUUGCUCUGGGUUUUUGAGUGACGUGUUGGGGCCAAGUUGGGUUAGGUUCUUGGCAAACGGAUUAGCUUGUCCGAAUAUUUCUAAUUUCAAUUCGCGGCGAGCCUCACCAGGGAUAAAAGCCACGAUUCGGAGAUGCUGGUCUGUUUUGAGUCGCCAUUGGAAAUCACUUGCUUGGCUGGGUGACGUAGGGUUGGAUCCUCCAGGUGCGGAAGAAAUCUUGCAAGUCGUCAAGGAAGAACGAAAGGAGGAACAUUUUGUCUCCUUCGAUACGAAAUCGGUUGCAUUGGUGUACGACGAAAAAAUGAUGCUUCACAAGAUGCCAAGAAGUCAUCCGGAGAAACCCGAGAGAAUAAAAGCCAUUUGGGCGCAUCUGCUCGAAAGGAGACUGCUGGAGCGUUGCAUUAUUUUAAAAGCGAGGGAAGCUGAUGAUAGCGAGUUGAGUUUAUGUCACCUUCCGAAGUACGUUGAGCACAUGGAUGCUUUGACGGAAAAACUCAAGGCCCCUAUUGUGACGCUCGAAAUGAACGAAAACUCAAUCUAUGCGAGCAAGAGUACAAACCAAUGUGCAAAACUUGCAGCCGGGUCAUGCAUUGAGCUUGUGAAAGCUGUUCUUGAGGGUAAAGCCUUGUCGGGAUUCGCAAUCGUUCGGCCACCUGGACACCACGCGGAGCGAGAUUUUUUCUUCGGAUUCUGCUUUUUCAACAAUGUUUCGUUGAUGGCAGAAUACGCAUUGAGGAAGCAUCACCUAGAACGUAUUCUGAUCAUUGACUGGGAUGUUCAUCACGGCAACGGAACUCAGAAUAUGUUCGAAUCUGACCCGCGGGUCCUCCUGGUGAGCUUACACCGCUUCGGAUCGGACGUUUUUCCCGCGGGGCCCGAUGGGGAUUUUUACAAAACAGGCAUUGGCGGUGGAGUAGGUUACAACAUCAAUAUCCCUUGGCACACUGAUGAAUAUCCAAAGCCAUUUGGAGCUCCUGAAUAUAUUGCGGCAUUUCUGCACAUCAUCCUGCCAAUCGCGUACGAAUUCGACCCAGAGUUGGUUCUCAUCUCUGCUGGAUUUGAUUCACUGAGAAAUGAUCCAUUAGACAACCGUGUCCAGUUGGACCCAGAAUCAUUCGCUCACAUGACGCAUCUGCUGUCGUCUCUCGCACAAGGCCGAGUCGUCAUGGCACUAGAAGGAGGCUAUCACUUGCCGGAUCUUUCGAAAAGUGUCGGACAAUGUGUAUCGACAAUGCUUGGUGAUCCAUUGCCGUUGCCGGAUCCGGGGGUGAACGCAGACUGGUCUGUGAAUCGUCGAGCGUCCAACGUUUUCUUCAAACUCUGUCGGAAGCUCAAAGAGCAAUGGUCAAACGUCGACGUUCAUGUACGGAUGAACAAAGGCGUCUCUGAUUUCGUUCCUGUUACGUUAUGACCUUCCAUUUGGAGGAAUUAUAUUUUUUUUUGGUUGUGGGGAGGAGAAAUUCAGAAAACGACCUUUUUAGGAACGGGAUUCUUCCACCUAUUUUCAAAAAUGAACUGUGAAUUUUUUCAUAGGUCCGCGACAUUUUUGGCUUUUCAGUAUGCUGAGAGAAAAUAGGGGAUAUUCUCUGAGUGUUCGAAAGAAAUAUCCGUUUUCGUUUUAACCGAUUACAUUUUUUAGAAUGACUAACGGGACUCCUGGUGUGCGUCCGUUCCUGAACCCAGCCUUUCACCAUGUUCUGAAGAGUUUUUAAUUGACAUGUAAGCGUUUUUCCGCCCUAUGCAACCAAAUUUCAUUUCGAAAAAUAUUUCAUCGGAUUAAUACGGCAAUUUCAACCUAAUCCAUUUUAAAAUUGAGUAUUUUAUGAGGAGGAAUUUCGUGCAAGGCCGGAACUGCUCGUGAUGGGUUCUUGGAACAAAGGUUUACCAUACGAUCUCGUGAAAAAAGUGUGAUUUUUAUCAAGGCAUUUAUGGAUUUCAUUUUGUCUAGAAGAGACGUCAAAGGUUUAAAAUUUGAUGCACCGGCGAAUUUUGUUUUUGUUGAUUGUUGCAAAUUCUGAGAAUUUCAUGUGAUUGAUCGGCGUUGCAAUUGUUGGUUGGGCAAUUAAUCAGUCCACCCAAGACGCGUUAACUCAAUUCGUUGCCAAUUAUGAGGAUUGUUUCGGGAACUUAUGUGUUUCAUGUGGAAUGCGGGUGAUGCUCUUUGGUGAUUUGGUGAACUUCUGUCGUAGCAGUCGAACAUAGAAAAUUAUCGCUUGAA